AUCCGGAUAUGAUGAAAGGGAGCCACAGAGAGAGAAGUGUUUGAAGAGUGUAGGAGUGGCAGCCCGAGGGUGAAAGAGACGCACAAGUGGAUCCUAAAGUCCUUCCCGGAGCCGGGUUGCCGGGAGGGAAGGGACUGAGAGAGCGCAGAGUCAGCGCGCCCGGCUGCCACCGUCGCCGCCACUCCCGGGGGCGGCGGGACAUUGUCAGGCUGCCAGGACGCGAUGGGGCCGCAGCCCAAGCCUCGCUGACUACCGGUGGCGGGAGGAAGGGACUCGGAACAGCCCGCGGGGGGAGAUGCCGAGAGGCAGGCCGUUUCCUGCACCCAGCACCUAAGCAGCUGGGGUCGGUGCACCCCACGGGGACGGCGCGGGCUCGGAGCGUGGCCCAUGUCCGGCGCGGGUGAAGCCCUCGCUCCGGGGCCCGCGGGGCAGCAGUGCCCGGCCGAGGCGGGCGGCGGCCGGCUGGGCUCCCCGGCCCACGAAGCAUGUAAUGAGGAAAAUACUGAGAAAGAUAAAAGGCAAGCUACCAGUAGCCACACCAGGUGUGGGCUAAUGCGGGACCAGUCCAUUUGGAGAAAUCCUUCAGAUGGUGAACUCGUCAGAACCCAACCUGAGCGUCUGCCUCAACUGCAGACAUCAGCACCAGAAUCCAGCAAGGAGGAAACAGGCAGGAUAAAGAACGGCGGCCACACAAGUAUGGGCAAUGGGAAUGGAAUUCAUCAUGGAGCCAACCAUGUGUCCAUGGAUAAUCACACAAUGUCCGCUCCUGUUUCCCAGAAAAUGCACAGAAAAAUUCAGUCCAGCUUGUCUGUAAACAAUGAUAUCAGUAAGAAGAGGAAAGUAAAUGCUGUCUUUUCCCAAAAGUCAGCUUCCUCACCCGAAGACUGUUGUGUCCACUGUAUCCUGGCAUGCUUGUUCUGUGAAUUCCUGACCCUCUGCAACAUUGUCCUGGGACAAGCUUCGUGUGGCAUCUGCACCUCGGAAGCCUGCUGCUGCUGCUGUGGCGACGAGAUGGGGGAUGACUGUAGCUGCCCGUGUGACAUGGACUGUGGCAUCAUGGAUGCCUGCUGUGAAUCCUCAGACUGUUUAGAAAUCUGCAUGGAAUGCUGUGGCAUCUGUUUUCCGUCAUAAAGAUUUAUCUCUUGUUUGUACUAAAACUGGAGACAACUUUGCAAUAUUUCUUGUAGGGGAAAGAAAAGCACAUGGUAAGACUCCCAUGAAGCAACUCAGUAUUUGCACUGUUUAACUCAUUCCUUUUGAGUAGUAACUGAAAUGCUUCCUCUUUCACCAGGUGUAUGUGGUUUAAUAUGUGAAGUGUUAACUGACUAACUGGUUUUUGAAGCUUUUUCAUAGAUGAUAAUAAUUGGAAGACAUUUUGACACACACAGCCUGAAAUGUUAAAUGUCUUCUUUCUGUUGACAUGUCUGUUUUCCCUAACCAUUCUGAGCAGCUCUUGGCUCUAAAUACAACAGUGCUCACUAUGUAUUUAAACCAGAUCACUUUGAUUUUUAUCUAUUAAAGGUUAAAAGCAAACAUUUCUUUUUUAUUAUUCUAAGCACAAACAUUGGGCAGAGCAGUAAACAGAUGUGGAACUCUUCUGCAUUGGUCUGCUCUGGGCUUUCCACCUCUCUUGUUCUGACUAGAGCACACUGAGGAAAAUCAGGUUGCUCUAUCCAGAGCAAUAGGAAGCAUCAUGGAGGAGAACAGGAGGGGAGCUGUAAAAAAUGACCCAGGUUUCUAGGCACGCUGGCUUCAGCACUGUAAAGACAAGAGGCCGUAGGAACAAACAGAAGCGAGUAAUGGAUUGCUGAGGGAGACGUGGAGGGGGAUGUGGCCUUGUGAAUGGCCUAGGAUGAGCUACUUAAAUUUAGGGAAAUGUUGAAGGUGGACCUGUCUGCGCUCUGAACAAGUGAAAAGAAUUUGCCUUCAUUGUACAUUGCAGCAACACAGCUUUCUUAGAACUGUAAAAUCUGAACGAAUGCAAAUAUGCACUUUGCUACACAUAAUUUAAGUGUUAUAAAUUUUAAUGAAAACAUAAUACCUUGUUAACAUAACUAUAUUUUACCAAAAAAUUGUAGAACACUUUUUAACAAAGUUCAUUUAAAUGAGCUUUUUUUUUUUUAAGAUUAAAAAAAAAUCCCAGUAUUCAUUGGGGUUUUUCCAAAGCGGGAUUAUAUUUGGAAAGACUCAGUUCUUUAUCAUGCAGGGGUGGUGUCAGGGGGGAGGCUUUAUUUAUUUUCAUUGGCUUGUAGUCUUAGCCUUGUUGUAUUUCAUAAGUAUGUAAGUUUUGGAUCCACUACAGGAGGACCUCAGAGGUCCACCACCAUCAACAGAUUAGGAUUCCAACUGUGAGUGAAAUUAGGCCAAGUGGCAGAUUAUAAAGAUACUAAAGUAUGAAGAAUAAAGUACAAAGAAGAGAGUCUGAGAUAAAAACUCAUUCUAUAGUGAUAGAGUCAGCUCAUGUGAAAGGGAGAGUUCGGUUUCACACACAUCCUCCCAUGUGGGUUUGUUUUUUUGUUUGUUUUUUUCUCUCUCCAGAUUUCAAAUUUCAUUACAUUGACUAAUUCCUUGUAGGCUCUUGAGAGUAUGUUUUUGUUAGUGGUUCUUUCUAGUUCCGGAUGAAUGUUAGAUUGUUAGAAAUAAUGCAUUCCUAGGGAUCCUUUAGCCGGCCUAGACCUUUAGGAGACCUGAACUUAUUUUUUUUUUUAUCUUGAAGAAUGGCGACAUCACCAGUGUCUUUCCUUGGAAAGUUAGCCUGGCUUACAAUUAAAUUAUGAUUUUUAAAUAUUCUUUGAAAAAGAAAAGCAAGUGUGUCUCCUUUCUCGUGCAAUUUACACGUGCAUGUACUUUAAAUACAAUCUUAACGUACAGCUGCCUUCUUUCUCGUCUUUGAAACAGAAGCUUUGAUUUGCUAUGUCAAAUAUAAUGGCGACUUUAGUAUUUCCAUAUACUCAGUGUUAGCUUGCGCUUAUACCAUAGGAUAAAGAAGAACCAUCUGUUUAUGAAUAAGCCUCCUAAUGAUUGUUAAAAUAUUUGCCUCAUUAUCCUGUAAAACUGUUUAACCAAGAGUCUUGUCUGAUGCUUGAAUAUAUCCUGCUAUGAUUUGCAAUGAAAAUGUAAGUGCAUUAGAAAUGUUUUUCUGUAAUAGAGAGCAUUAGUGAAUACCAGAAUUUAAUUUCCAUACUUGUACGUGUAGGAAGUUUCUUCAGCUCUCUACUUCAGGCAAGCCAUUCCUUAAGGCAUCUUGUAUAAUUCAAAAGAAAAAUAGGCAAAUGUGAAAACAGUUUUAGCAUAUUUUAGAAUUUUGGUAUAUAAAGUGUUUUCUUGAAUCUUAUGGCCGUCAAGACUGAUUGCUAUAGUUUACACCUAGAUAUUCAAUCUCUUUUUAAAUGUGGCAUAUUUUCAAACUGGAUCUUGGCUACUUUAAAAUUAAAAGAAAUAUGACUACUUA